AGGCUCGUGCACGCGCCUCGCUCGCUGCGGUGCGCGAGCAGCGCGCUCCCGCCGCCCGCGUCGCCAUCUUUUCCCCCUCCGUCCGUCUGUCUGCCGUUGGCUUUGUCCGUCUGCAGCGCCGCCCCUCGGCUCACCGCCCUCGGCUUGGCCCGCAGCUGCCCUCCGCCUGCCGGGGCCCGGUCCCGGAGAGCCCGGCCUGGCCAGCCCGAGCUGCAGCCCGGGGCCCAUUGUCCGGCGGUCCGUCUGUCCGGAGGCGGGGCCCAGGGACCCGGAGCGCUGCGCAGCGCCGAGGCGCCGGGUAAAGAGACCCCCGACUCCUUCCCUCCGGGGCCGGGCUGAGGAUGCGGGUCACCGGCCGUCGGUCUUUUGUCUGUCCGCGUCUGGGGAGGGAAGCGGGGGCUCGCUCCGGCCUGGGGGGCGGGGGCAGCCCAGGCUCCGACCCAGCCCCCUGCCCAGGUUUCCCGGGACGCGGCGGGUCCCGGCCAGCUCCCCUGCGGUCACUCCUCCUUCCGCCCCUUUGGCGCGGGAGGGACGCCGGUGCAGCCGCCCGCCCCGCGUGGGCCCGGGUCGGGCUCGGCCGGGAGCAGCCGGGACGGCCCCGGCGUCUGACAGGCGGGAGGCGCAGGGGGAGGGAGGAUGGGCGUGGGAGGGAGGGCAGACCCGGGGAUCGGUCCGCGUCGCCGUCUCCCGGGAAGGCGUCUAAAUUUAGCCGGCGGAGAAGACGGUGCUGUCUGCGGGCUUUCGGCGGCUGGUUGCCGGGAGUCCGCCCGGCCCGAACUGCAAGAAGCCAGGGGGACCCUCUCGGCGGAUGGCGCACACGCCCCGCACCGAACCCAAGUGAGGCGGCGACGCGAUCGGCUUUCUCGUGCUCUCCUUUUUGGCAGAUACAGGUCGCUGAGAUUCAGACGAGUGUACUUUCCUCCGUGGGAACCGCACCAGAGCUGGAGGUCAGCACCCUGCAAGGAGGUAGUGACAUAUCCAGUUGUGAAACUGGGAAAGGCCAGAGCUCUUGGAUCAGGGAAACAUGUCCCGUCGGAAACAGACAAAUCCAAAUAAAGUUCACUGGGAUCAAGUAUUUGCUGGGCUAGAAGAGCAAGCCCGCCAGGCGAUGAUGAAAACUGAUUUUCCUGGAGACCUUGACGGUCAACGACAAGCUAUCCAACAACUAAGAGAUCAGGACUCCAGUAGCAGUGACAGUGAGGGUGAUGAAGAGGAGACCACACAAGAUGAAGUCUCUUCCCACACAUCUGAGGAAGAUGGAGGGGUGGUCAAAGUGGAAAAAGAGUUAGAAAAUGCAGAGCAGCCUGUUGGUGGGAACGAAGUGGUAGAGCAUGAGGUCACAGAGAAUUUGAAUACCGACCCCUUACUUGGACUCUGCCAGUGUCCCCUCUGCCAACUAGACUGUGGGAGUCGGGAGCAGCUGAUUGCUCACGUGUACCAGCACACUGCAGCAGUUGUGAGUGCCAAGAGCUAUAUGUGUCCUGUCUGUGGCCGGGCCCUUAGCUCCCCAGGGUCAUUGGGUCGCCACCUCCUCAUCCACUCGGAGGACCAGCGGUCUAACUGUGCUGUGUGUGGAGCCCGUUUCACCAGCCACGCCACGUUUAACAGUGAGAAACUUCCUGAAGUACUUAAUAUGGAAUCCCUACCCCCAGCCCACAGUGAGGGCCCCUCCAGUGCCGAGGGGAAGGACAUUGCCUUUAGUCCUCCAGUUUACCCCGCUGGAAUUCUGCUUGUGUGCAACAACUGUGCUGCCUACCGUAAGCUACUGGAAGCCCAGACCCCCAGCGUACGCAAGUGGGCCCUCCGUCGACAGAACGAGCCUUUGGAAGUAAGGUUGCAGCGGCUGGAACGAGAGCGCACAGCCAAGAAGAGCCGGCGGGACAAUGAGACCCCCGAGGAGCGGGAGGUAAGGCGCAUGAGGGACCGCGAGGCCAAGCGCCUGCAGCGCAUGCAGGAGACAGAUGAGCAGCGGGCACGCCGGCUGCAGCGGGAUCGGGAGGCCAUGAGGCUCAAGCGGGCCAAUGAAACCCCGGAGAAGCGGCAGGCCCGGCUCAUUCGGGAGCGGGAGGCCAAGCGGCUCAAGAGGAGGCUGGAGAAGAUGGACAUGAUGUUGCGAGCUCAGUUUGGCCAGGACCCUUCUGCCAUGGCAGCUUUAGCAGCCGAAAUGAACUUCUUCCAGCUACCUGUGAGUGGGGUAGAGUUGGACAGCCAGCUCCUGGGCAAGAUGGCCUUUGAGGAGCAGAAUAGCAGCUCUCUGCACUGAACCACAAACACCUUCCUGCCUGCCCUCCUGCUCACCCGCCCACCCAAGCCCACAGGGACCAGUGCUGCAGCCACCCACAGGGCCCUGUCCUUACUGCCAGAGGCAGGCCCUGGUUUGUUGCAGAUGGACCUGUGCACUCCUUGCAUGUCGGAGCAGGAUGAUGGGGUCAGCAGGAAACCAACUCAAGGCUGGACAAGGGAGCAGGCACUCCACAGAACUGGGCUCCCCAGCCCACUGCUGCAGGGCAUGCUGUAGGACUGUGGGGCCCCAGGUGGCCCAUGGAGUUGUAAGGGCAAAUAAAUUAAUUUUAUCUUUAUUGG